AUGGCAAAGCUUUCGACCAAAGAUUUGGCCCUGAGCGGCAAGCGAGUUGUUAUGCGAGUGGAUUUUAACGUCCCCAUGAAGGAAGGAAAAAUCACAAACAACCAGCGAAUCGCUGCCGCCGUUCCGACAAUUCAGUACGCUUUGGAUCAGGGCGCUACAUCUGUUGUGCUCAUGUCGCAUUUGGGACGACCAGAUGGACGAAAACAGGCGAAAUUCACACUCGCUCCAGUUGCAGAGGAGCUCAAGGCUCUUCUCAACCGAGAUGUUCAGUUUAUUGAUGAUUGUGUCUCUUCCCAGGCCUUAGAAGCUACUGCUGCUCCAGCUGCUGGCUCCGUUAUUCUCCUCGAAAAUGUCCGAUUCUACGCGGAGGAAGAAGGAAAAGGCGUUUCCGAAAUUGGUGGAAAAUUUAAGCCAAGCGCUGAGGCGAUAUCCGAUUUCCGCUCCAAACUUUCCAAACAUGGCGAUGUCUUUGUAUCCGAUGCUUUUGGCUGUGCCCAUCGGGCUCAUUCUAGUGUCGUUGGCAUUGCUCACGAGCAACGCGCAGCUGGCCUUCUCAUGGACAAGGAACUUUCUUACUUUGCCAAGGCUCUUGACAAUCCUGAACGACCAUUUUUGGCGAUUCUUGGUGGCGCAAAAGUUCAGGACAAGAUUCAACUGAUCGAGAACUUGCUGGAAAAGGUCGACUCGAUGAUUAUUGGCGGCGGAAUGGCCUUUACUUUCCAGAAGGUUUUGGCGAACAUGGAAAUCGGAGGAUCCCUCUUUGAUGAAGAUGGAGCCAAGAUUGUCCCCAAGUUGAUGGAAAAAGCGAAGGCUCGAGGAGUCAAGAUUGUUCUCCCGACUGACUUCGUUACUGCUGAUAAGUUUACUGAAGACGCAGCCGUUGGAAACGCAACCGUCGAGUCAGGUGUUCCAGCUGGCUGGAUGGGCCUGGAUGUAGGACCGGAAUCCAGUAAGGCAUUUUCCGCUGUCAUUGCCGAAGCAAAAACGAUCGUGUGGAACGGCCCGGCUGGUGUUUUCGAAUUUGAAAACUUCGCUAAAGGAACCAAAUCGAUGAUGGACGCUGUUGUUGCUGCCACUGAAACUGGAGUCACCACCAUCAUUGGUGGUGGAGAUACCGCUACUUGCGCCAAGAAAUUCAACACUGUGGACAAAGUCAGCCACGUAUCGACUGGAGGUGGAGCUUCCCUCGAACUCCUCGAAGGCAAAGACCUUCCAGGAGUUUCCAUCCUCUCUGAUGCCUAA